ACGCAUGCACGCGCACAUCUCGGGCGAAACCAAACCAGCCACACACGAUUUCAAAUCUCGCCGGCCUCAGCUCAGCUGUGAGACCACAGUAGACGGAUCGCGUAACAAAUUCUCCGAUCGCUCGCCCCCAAGCGCUCUGUAUAUAUACCAGCUCCACACCUUCCAACUCCGAUCUUAUUCUUUCCAUUUCCUGCUCCACACGACCCCGAGCUAGCCACGAGUACGCCGCCAUGGGGCUCUGUUUCAGCAAGAAGCAGCCUGAGAAGGCGCCGUCACCACCGCCGGUCCCGCAGCAGCCAAGCGCGGUGGCCGGCGCCAAGCCCAAGAAGCCCAGCAAGAUCGCCGCCGCCGCGGCGCCCACCGACGAGAAGGCCAAGAAGGCGCCGCAGCCGAAGCGGGCGUCCAACGCGGAGGAGUCCGCGGUGGCGGGCAACGGCAAGAAGGCCGCGGCGCCGAUCGUCGUGAAGGCCAAGGCGGCCGCGGUCGUCGAGGCGCCGGUGGUGGCGACGGUGGUGGCCAAGGGGCCGGCGCCGGUGCGGACGUCGAGCUGCACCAAGGAGGAGGUGGACGCGAUCCUGAUCCAGUGCGGCCGCCUCAGCCGGAGCUCGUCGGGGACCGGCAUGGCGGCGGCGUCCAGCGAGACUGGCGGGCACCGGAGGUCGAAGAGGAGCUGCGACCUCGAUCGGGAGAGGAGCGGUGCGGAGGAGGACGGCGACUGGGAGAGGGUCCCGGUGUCGAGGCCGUCGCCUCACCGCGGCUCGCCGCAGAGGAAGCGGUCGGGCAGCCGGGAGAGGACCGGCGGCGGCGGCGGGAGCAGGAGGUCGAGCCGGUCGCCCGGGCGGCGUGGCGAGGGCGCGGCCUCCGCGAGCUGCGGCGGCGCGAGACAGCAGCCUGGGAAGAUGGUCUCCGUGCCGGCGAGGGAGAAGGGGCCCGCCGCCGCGGCCGCGUCGUCCGGGAAGAGGUGCGCGUCUCCGCGGUCCAGCUCGCCUGCGAGGGUGGCUGCAGCAGCGGGGAAUGAGAAUGCUGGUGUGGGGCAGCAGAAGGCGGUGGUGCAAACGCCGUCGCUGAGCCGGAGCUCGUCCAGGAAGGCCGAGCAGUCGCCGCUCCGGCGCAGCCCCAUGGCCGAGAUCGACGAGAAUUCCCUCCGCAACAACAGCAGCGGCACCAACGCCAAGCCCCACAAGAAAUCGACGGAGAUAGCCGUUGCCACCCCGACCAAGAAGACCACCACGGAGCGUCCAAAGGAGCAGAGUUCACAGAAGGAGAAGCCGUCAGAGACCAGAGCACCUUCGUCGAAGACCACCACUGGGACGCGCACGGUGAGCGUCGUGGCCGAGAGCACCCACCCGAGGUCAGGCUGCCGGUCGCGCCGCGCGUCGCGCGACUUCGACCAGAACCCCAACCUGUAUCUGCUCGAGGACAUCCAGAGCUACCACACCUCCGCCGCGGCGGCGGCCACGCCGCCGUCCUUCACGCUGCCAGCCUGCGUCUCCAAGGCGCAAUCCAUCGUCGACGCCGUGGCCGACCUCAACUCCUCCUCGUCGGGGAGCCGCUCCUGCGGGCCCGGCCGGAGCGCGGACGACAAGGGCUCCGUCAACGCGGCGGUCGGCGGGGACGUGGACGUGGACCUCGCCGAGCCGAGCGUGCACAGGUACGUGUCGGUGCGGGACAUCCGCGGCCGCGGGGAGACCGAGAUGCAGGAGUCUGCCGGGAGCAACACCCUCUCCGGCAACGUGUGGACGCCGUCGUGCGAGUCCACGGACCGGACGUGGAGUACGUCGCGGUCGUCCAACCACGGCGACGAGGUCGUCGAGCAGCCCCGGCAGAUCAAGCAGAGGCCGGCCGCGCAGCCGGAGCCCAGCGGCCGGUCGCGUGCCGGCAGCUCCGGUGCCAACAAUGCUCACCGGGGACGCAGCGCUCAUCGCGGCAGUGGCAGCGGCGCCGUGGCCAGCGGCCGAUCGGGUGCCCGUGGCGUCGUCUCGGCGAGCUCCUAGUGGAGGGAAAUUAGGCAAAUCUGUAGUUCGCGUUGCUAGCGGCAAGACGGAUUGCUGCUUUCGCAUUCAGAGAUUUGUUUUGUGUUUCGGUUGUUUGGCGAUAGUUCAGAUGUAGUCGUGCUCUGGCAUUGUUCAGAUGUUGUUUGGUUACCUAUCUGCUAUUAGCAUUUGAUGAUCAUCGAUCGUUUGUGUCCAAACUUGUAUCCUCGGCCUGUUGAUUGUGUUCUCUUGAUUAUCAGAAGGGCCGUCUGCAGAAGAGAUUCUAGCAUAA